AUGGUUAGAAAACUAAAGCAUCAUGAACAAAAAUUGUUAAAAAAAGUAGACUUCCUUGAAUGGAAGCAGGACCAAGGUCACCGGGACACUCAGGUCAUGAGAACAUAUCGUAUUCAAAAUCGUGAAGAUUAUCAUAAAUACAAUAGGAUAUGCGGUGAUAUUCGUCGUCUUGCCAAUAAAUUAUCAUUAUUGCCUCCCACCGAUCCAUUUCGUCGGAAACACGAGCAAUUACUAUUGGACAAGCUAUAUGCUAUGGGUGUCCUGACAACAAAAUCCAAAAUAUCUGAUCUGGAAAAUAAAGUUACUGUCAGUGCCAUCUGUAGAAGGCGAUUACCUGUAAUAAUGCAUAGAUUAAAAAUGGCGGAAAGUAUACAAGAUGCGGUCAAGUUCAUUGAACAGGGUCAUGUCCGUGUGGGUCCAAAUUUGAUCAACGAUCCGGCCUACCUCGUAACGAGAAAUAUGGAGGACUACGUUACUUGGGUUGACAAUUCUAAGAUCAAGAAAACCUUGUUGAGAUACAGAAACCAAAUUGACGAUUUUGAUUUUUCGUAA